AUGGCGAGCUUCAUCUCCAGAUACUUGGUUUCCAAACACAAGGUUGCCUUCCAUAGGCUGUGCAAAUAUACUACCCAACAACGUGUACCGUCUAUGUGCCCGUCAGUAGCUUGUUGUUUCGAGUGGCUGACGAAAUUCUUUCAUUUAGUGACCAUGACUCCCUCUCCUCAAGUGGGGAGAAAUGGCAUCUGGCGUGGAGGUAGAUCCCCGAGAUACUUGUCACCUGCAGAGCCAUCUCCCAUUUUCUUCUACCACAAACAUGAUCUGCAUUAUGGCUUCACAAAUUUCUCUGAUCAUCCUGUCUGUUACGAACGCGAGAUGUAUCCGACUAGCGAACACCUAUUUCAAUCCUUCAAAUUUCUACCGCAUCGCCCAGAUCUUGCCAAACAUAUUCGCAGUUGCUCAUGCCCAAGUGACGCAUUGGCUAAGGCCCGACGUUUCAAAGCGUAUGUUCGUCCUGACUGGAGACGAAUCAAUAUACAAAUCAUGGACCAAGUAUUGUUGCUCAAAUUUACACAACAUCAGGACUUGAAAGAUGAGCUUCUUGCGACUGGGAAUGCCGAGCUCAUUGAGGACUCCUAUAAGGAUUCCUUUUGGGGUGUCGGAGCUGAUGGGCAAGGGCGAAAUGAGCUUGGAAAGGCACUCAUGGAUUUGCAAGAUAAACUCCACAGGACGUCAGCUCCGCAGAAUCUUGGGACUCUUCCCAGGAACACAUUCAAAAUGACCACCAUUCUCUCAACAGCCGUCCAGCACUUUCUACCUCAUCAACCUGCCAACCUUUGCCAGUAUUGCUCCCUCCAGCCUAAGUUCCAGAACCAUUCAUACUGUUCAAGGACAUGUGCUAAUGAAGCGGCCUUGCUAUGCAAUGUGGGUGAACCUGUUUCAACCCACACAGCCAACGCUGAGGCCUGCCAUCUUCACCUCGCUUAG